GCUUGAGCUGCCGCGGCGCGGCGAGGGCGGCGUACUAUGAUCACCACCCCUAGAGACUGCUCUGCUCGCGAGCAACGCACCCUGGCUCUCCGGUCAGCAGCCGCCUCGGCAGCGCUCAGAACCGGCAGCAGGAGUUGAGGCUCAUCGCCCGAAAGAGUUCUGGCAAAACUCGAAAGGGCGCAGGGAACUGUAGGGCGGAGAGGGUGCGCGAGCGCUCGCGGGUCAGCAUAGUCGGCCCGUGGGGUUCGCCGCUGGAGGGGCGUUUCCGAGGCUUGGAGGAGGAGGGGGAGAUGCUGCUCCUCUUCUCUCCCUCCCCAGGCUCCUUCUCCAGCUCCUUCAGCCCACGCCUGCCGCAGCUUGGGGGAGAAGAGGUUGUGGCUCUCGGCGCCCCGGGCGGCUCCCGGCCGCCGGCCCCGACGCCGCGGCCCCGCACGGGUCGCCCCGCGCUCCAGUAGCAGGAUUGGGUCGCCCGACGAGCCGGUAAUAUGCAGGUGUCACUAGCUGAGGCCCUGGAGGUUCGGGGUGGACCUUUACAGGAGGAAGAAAUAUGGGCUGUAUUAAAUCAAAGUGCUGAGAGUCUCCAAGAAUUAUUCAGAAAAGUAAGCAUAACUGAUCCUGCUGCCCUUGGAUUCAUAAUUUCUCCAUGGUCCCUGCUGUUGCUGCCAUCUGGAAGUGUAUCAUUUACAGAUGAAAAUGUUUCCAACCAGGAUCUUAGAGCAUUCACUGCACCAGAGGUUCUUCAAAACCAGUCACUGACUUCUCUCUCAGAUGUUGAAAAGAUUCAUAUUUAUUCACUUGGAAUGACACUGUAUUGGGGGGCUGAUCAUGAAGUACCUCAGAGCCAACCUAUCAAGCUUGGAGAACAUCUCAACAGCAUAUUGCUUGGAAUGUGUGAGGAUGUUAUUUACGCUCGGGUUUCUGUUCGAACUGUCCUGGAUGCUUGCAGUGCCCACAUUAGGAAUACCAGUUGUGCACCUUCCUUCUCCUACGUGAAACAGUUGGUAAAACUGGUUCUGGGAAAUCUUUCUGGGACAGAUCAGCUUUCCUGUAACAGUGAGCAAAAGCCCGAUCGAAGCCAAGCUAUUCGAGACCGAUUGAGAGGAAAAGGAUUACCAACAGGAAGAAGCUCUACUUCUGAUGUACUAGACACACACAAGUCUCCAUUCUCUCAUCAGACCUUUCUUAACAAAGGGCUUAGUAAAUCUAUGGGAUUUCUGUCCAUCAGAGACACACAAGAUGAGGAGAAUUAUUUCAAGGACAUUUCAUCAGAUAAUUCUCGACAUGAAGAUACUGAAAAUAUCUGCUCCCCUUACCAGUUCAAAGCUAGUGGUACAGAAAGAGAAGUUACCUCUGGCAUUGAUGUACUUCCCAAGAAGAAGAUUUGGGCUUCAUCCAUGGACUUGCUUUGCACAGCUGACAGAGACCUCUCUUCUAGAGAGAUUGGCAGGUACCGACACUGUCUCCCCGAGGCAGUAACAGUGCGGACUUCAACUGCUCCCAGAAGAAAGGAGGCAAGAUACUCAGAUGGAAGCAUAGCCUUGGAUAUCUUUGGCCCUCAAAAAAUGGAUGCAAGUUGUCACACACGAGACUUGCCAACCUCCUCAGCAAUAUCAAGUGCUUUGGACCGAAUCCGAGAGAGACAAAAGAAACUUCAGGUUCUGAGAGAAGCCAUGAAUGUAGAAGAACCAAUUCGAAGAUACAAAAAUUAUCACAAUGAUAUCUUUAGUAUAUCCAGUGAAAGUCCAUCUAUUAUUUCUUCUGAUUCAGAUUUCAGACAAGUGAGAAGAAGUGAAGCUUCAAAGAGAUUUGAAACCAGUAGUGGACUCCCAGGGGUAGAUGAAACCACAAGUCAAGGCCAGUCACAAAGAACAAGCAGACAAUAUGAAGCACCCUUUGAAGGCAACUUAAUUAAUCAAGAAAUUAUGCUAAAACGGCAAGAAGAAGAAAUGAUUCAGCUGCAAGCCAGAAUGGCCCUUAGGCAGUCUCGGUUGAGCCUGUAUCCAGGAGAUACAAUCAAAGCUUCCAUGCUUGACAUCACCCGGGAUCCCUUAAGAGAAAUGGCUCUGGAAACAGCUAUGUCCCAAAGAAAACUAAGGAAUUUCUUUGGCCCAGAGUUUGUGAAAAUGACUAUUGAGCUUAUAUCUUUGGAAUUGCCACGUCUAUCCUUGUAAACCAAGAAAGGGAAGAAUGAGGAUAACCGAAGAAAAGUAAACGUAAUGCUUCUGAAUGGGCAGAGAUUGGAACUGAACUGUGACACCAAAACUAUAUGUAAAGAUGUGUUUGAUAUGAUUGUGGCUCAUAUUGGCUUAGUGGAGCAUCAUUUGUUUGCCUUAGCUACCCUCAAAGAUAAUGAAUAGUUUCUUUGUUGAUCCUGAUUUAAAUACCAAAGUAGCCCAGAGGGAUGGAAAGAAGAACCAAAGAAGAAGAGCAAAGCCACUGUUAAUUUUAGCUUGUUCUUCCGAAUUAAAUUUUUCAUGGAUGAUGUUAGUCUAAUACAGUAAACAUACUCUGCACCUGGUCAUCAGUAUUAUCUUCAGCUACGAAAAGAUAUCUUAGAAGAGAGGAUGCGCUGUGAUGAUGAGACUUCCUUAUUGCUAGCAUCCUUGGCUCUCCAGGCUGAGUAUGGAGAUUAUCAACCAGAAGUUCAUGGUGUGUCUUAUUUUAGAAUGGAGCAUUAUUUGCCUGCCAGAGUAAUGGAGAAACUUGAUCUGUCCUAUAUUAAAGAAGAGUUACCCAAAUUGCAUAAUACCUAUGUGGGAGCUUCUGAAAAAGAGACAGAGUUAGAAUUUUUAAAGAUCUGCCAAAGAUUGACAGAAUACGGAGUUCAUUUUCACCGGGUGCACCCUGAGAAAAAGUCACAGACAGGAAUAUUGCUUGGAGUCUGUUGUAAAGGUGUCCUCGUGUUUGAGGUCCACAAUGGUGUUCGCACAUUGGUCCUUCGCUUUCCAUGGAGGGAAACCAAGAAAAUUUCUUUUUCUAAAAAGAAAAUCACACUGCAAAAUACAUCAGAUGGAAUAAAACAUGCCUUCCAGACGGACAACAGUAAGGUGUGCCAGUACCUGCUGCACCUCUGCUCUUCCCAGCAUAAGUUCCAGCUGCAGAUGAGAGCACGACAGAGCAACCAAGAUGCCCAGGAUAUUGAGAGAGCUUCGUUUAGGAGCCUGAAUCUCCAAGCAGAGUCCGUUAGAGGAUUUAAUGUGGGACGAGCAAUCAGCACUGGCAGUCUGGCCAGCAGCACACUGAACAAACUUGCCGUUCGACCUUUGUCAGUUCAAGCUGAGAUUCUGAAGAGGCUAUCCUGCUCAGAGCUGUCGCUUUAUCAGCCAUUGCAAAACAGUUCAAAAGAGAAGAGUGACAAAGCUUCAUGGGAGGAAAAGCCUAGAGGGAUGAGUAAAUCAUACCAUGAUCUCAGUCAGGCCUCUGUCUCUCCUCAUCGGAAAAAUGUCAUUGUUAACAAGGAAUCCCCACCACAAACCAUUGAGGAGUUGGUGGGAGGACCAGUCCACCAGAUGGCAAGAGCUGAUACAGAAUCUUUGGCAGGAUUCACAAAACUUAAUAAUUCAAAGUCUGUUGCAAGUUUAAAUAGAAGUCCUGAAAAGAGGAAACAUGAAUCAGACUCCUCAUCCUUUGAAGACCCUGGUCAAGCAUAUGUUAUAGGAAUGACUAUGCAUAGUUCUGGAAAUUCUUCAUCCCAAGGGCCCUUAAAAGAAAAUGAUGUGCUAUACAAAAGAUGGAGCAUAGUAUCUUCUCCAGAAAGGGAGAUCACCUUGGUGAACCUGAAAAAAGAUGCAAAAUAUGGCUUAGGAUUUCAAAUUAUUGGUGGGGAGAAGAUGGGAAGACUGGAUCUAGGUAUAUUUAUCAGUUCAAUUACCCCUGGAGGACCAGCUGACUUGGAUGGAUGCUUAAAGCCAGGAGACCGUUUAAUAUCUGUGAAUAGUGUGAGUCUGGAAGGGGUCAGCCACCAUGCUGCAAUUGAAAUUCUGCAAAAUGCACCUGAAGAUGUGACACUUGUUAUCUCUCAGCCAAAAGAAAAGAUAUCCAAAGUGCCUUCUACUCCUUUGCGUCUUGCCAAUGGAAUGAAAAACUACAUGAAGAAGGCUUCCUACAUGCAAGACAGUGCUAUAGAUUCUUCUUCUGAGGAUCAUCACUGGCCACAUGGUACCCUGAGGCACAUCUCAGAGAACUCCUUUGGGCUUCCUGGAGGCUUGCGGGAAGGAAGCCUGAGUUCACAAGAUUCCAGGACUGAGAGUGUCAGCCUCUCCCAAAGCCAGGUCAAUGGUUUCUUUACCAGCCACACAGGGGACCGAACCUGGCAGGAAUCACAGCAUGGAAGCCCUCCUCCAUCCAUAAUAGCCACAGCUACUGAGAAAAAGAGGACUUCUACUGACAGUAGCCAAAGCAAAGCUAAAAAAACAGGCAUUUCUGAUGUGCCGGAUUGUUCUGACCGUGGUGAUUCGGACAUGGAUGAAGCCACUUACUCUGGCAGCCAGGAUCAUCAAACGCCAAAAAAGGAAUCUUCCUCCACAAUGAACACAUCCAACAAAAUGAAUUUUAAAACUUUUUCUUCAUCACCUCCAAAACCUGGAGAUAUGUUUGAGGUUGAACUGGCUAAAAAUGAUAACAGCUUGGGGAUAAGUGUCACGGGAGGUGUAAACACAAGUGUCAGACAUGGUGGCAUUUAUGUGAAAGCUGUUAUUCCUAAGGGAGCAGCAGAGUCUGAUGGUAGAAUUCAUAAAGGUGAUCGUGUCCUUGCUGUCAAUGGAGUUAGUCUGGAAGGAGCUACCCAUAAGCAAGCUGUGGAAACACUGAGAAAUACCGGACAGGUAGUUCAUCUGUUGUUAGAAAAAGGACAGUCUCCAGUAUCCAAAGAACAUGUCCCGGGCACACCACAGUGCACCCUUGCAGAUCCAGAAGCCCAAGGCCAACCUCCAGAAAAAACAGUGAAGAAAAUGACUCAUGUGAAAGACUACAGCUUUGUCACUGAAGAAAAUACAUUCGAGGUGCAAUUACUUAAAAAUAGUUCAGGCCUAGGAUUCAGUUUUUCUCGAGAAGAUAAUCUUAUACCCGAGCAAAUACAUACCAGCAUAGUGAGAGUUAAAAAGCUCUUUCCUGGACAGCCAGCUGCAGAAAGUGGAAAAAUUGAUGUGGGAGAUGUUAUCUUGAAAGUGAAUGGAGCCUCUUUGAAAGGACUCUCCCAGCAGGAAGUCAUAUCUGCUCUCAGAGGAACAUCUCCAGAAGUAUCCUUGCUUCUCUGCAGGCCUCCACCUGGUGUGCUACCUGAAAUUGAUUCUGCUCUUUUGAGCCCACUGCACUCUCCAGCACAAGUACUUCCAAACAGCACUAAAGACCCUUCGCAAGCAUCAUAUGUGGAGCAAGGAAACAGCUCAGAUGAAAAUGAAAUGAAUGACAAAAGCAACAAAAAUUGCAAGUCCCCAUCUAGGAGAGAUAGUUAUAGUGACAGCAGUGGGAGUGGAGAGGAAGACUUAGCAAAAGUUCCAACAAAGACAUCAAACAUAAGCUGGGAUUCAGCUUUGCGUCAGACUCUAAGCAGUGUGCUAUCACAGACACAGAGUCGACACGAAGUACCCAAGAGUCGAGAAGAUACUAUUUGUACCAUGUUUUACUGUCCUCAGGAAAUUCCCAACAAACCAGAAUUUGAGGACAGUAAUCCUCCUUCUCCUCUACCACUGGAUGUGACCCCUGGGCAGAGCUCUCAACCCAAAUCAAAAUCUACUUCCUUUAAUUCAGUGGAUAAAUAUAUAUAUCACACUUCUGAACCAACUGGACAAGGAGGCUUGACAGCUUUAAAAAAUAACUUGGAAAAUCACUUGGAAGACUUUGAGAUGGAAGUAGAACUCCUCAUUACCCUAGUUAAAUCAGAAAAAGGAAGCCUGGGUUUUACAGUAACCAAAGGCAAUCAGAGUGUUGGUUGUUAUGUUCAUGACGUCAUUCAGGAUCCAGCAAAAAGUGAUGGGCGGCUAAAACCUGGGGACCGGCUCAUAAAGGUUAAUGAUACAGAUGUUACAAACAUGACUCAUACAGAUGCAGUGAACCUGCUCCGAGCUGCACCAAAGACAGUCAGAUUAGUGCUUGGACGAGUCCUAGAAAUACCAAGGAUGCCAGUAUUGCUUCAUUUGCUGCCAGAUAUUACAUUAACAUGCAAUAAAGAGGAAUUGGGUUUUUCCUUAUCUGGAGGUCACAAAAGCCUUCAUCAAGUUAUAUAUAUUAGUGAUAUCAAUCCAAGGUCAGUUGCAGCUAUUGAGGGUAAUCUCCAACUAUUAGACAUCAUCCAUUAUGUGAACGGAGUCAGCACACAAGGAAUGACCUUGGAAGAAGCUAAAAGAGCUUUAGACAUGUCACUUCCUUCAGUGGUACUGAAAGCAACAAGAGAUGGCCAUCCAGUAGUCUCCAGUGCAAAGAGGGCUACCAUUUCAAGUCCAAAGUCAACCAAGGCCAAUGGUCAUCACUGUGUGGAGCCCUGUGACAAACCUGCCCUUACUCCUAAUAAUUCUUUCUCCAAGGUUAAUGGGGAAGGAAUAAUGGAAGUUUCACACCCAGAAGGAAAAUGCUGUAUUUAUCAGAUGAAAGAAUCAGCAAAGUUGACUCUGCCCAAAGAUAGUUUUCCAAAUAAGUUAUCCAGUUACUCUAAAUGCCCUAAUAAUUCAGAAUCUUAUGUACCAGAAGAUGACAUUUAUGAUGAUCCUCAAGAAGCUGAAGUUAUCCAGUCUCUGUUGGAUGUUGUGGAUGAGGAAGCCCAGAAUCUUUUAAACCAAACGAAUGCAGCAGGAGAUGCCUGUGUUCCAGGUGUGGUGAAGACCAAUGGGAAGUUGUCAGAAGAGAGAGCAGAAGAUACAGACUGUGAUGGUUCACCUUUACCUGAAGAUUUUACUGAGUCUACUAAAAUAAAUGGCUGUGAAGACUGUUGUGAGGAAAAAGUAGUAAGUGAAAGCUUAAUUCAGAAGUCACAAGAAAGGAAGCCUGAUGAGGAUGAGAUUACCUGGGGAAGUGUUGAAUUGCCAAUAGAGACAACCAACCAUGAAGAUUCCAGUAAAGAUUAUCCCUUUCUGACAAAUGAGGAGCUUGCUGCACUCCCCAUCGUCAAAGUGCUUCCCUCUGGUAAAUAUACUGGUACCAAGUUGAAAUCAGUCAUUCGAGUGUUGCGGGGUCUAUUAGAUCAAGGAAUUCCUUCUAAGGAACUGGAGAAUCUUCAAGAAUUAAAACCUUUGGAUCAGUGUCUAAUUGGACAAACUAAGGAAAACAGAAGGAAGAAUAGAUAUAAAAAUAUACUUCCUUAUGAUGCUACGAGAGUGCCUCUUGGAGAUGAUGGUGGAUAUAUCAACGCUAGCUUCAUUAAGAUACCAGUGGGGAAAGAAGAGUUUGUUUACAUUGCCUGCCAAGGACCUCUCCCUACAACUGUUGGAGAUUUCUGGCAGAUGAUUUGGGAACAAAAAUCCACAGUGAUAGCCAUGAUGACCCAGGAAGUAGAAGGAGAAAAAAUCAAAUGCCAGCGCUACUGGCCUAACAUCCUAGGCAAAACAACAAUGGUCAGUGACCGGCUCCGACUGGCUCUUGUGCAGGUGCAGCAGCUGAAGGGUUUUGUCGUGAGGGCAAUGACCCUAGAAGAUAUUCAGACAGGAGAAGUGCGGCCUGUUUCUCAUCUGAAUUUCACCGCCUGGCCAGACCAUGAUACUCCUUCACGGCCAGAUGACCUGCUCACUUUUAUCUCUUACAUGAGACACGUUCACAAAGCGGGUCCAAUCAUCACUCACUGCAGCGCCGGCAUUGGACGCUCAGGGACCCUGAUAUGCAUAGACGUGGUUCUGGGACUAAUCAGUCAAGAUCUUGAUUUUGACAUCUCUGAUUUAGUGCGCUGCAUGAGACUACAAAGACAUGGAAUGGUUCAGACUGAGGAUCAGUAUAUUUUCUGCUAUCAAGUCAUCCUUUAUGUUCUGACACGUCUUCAAGCUGAAGAAGAGCAGAAAGAGCAGCAGCAGCCUCUGAAAUGACAGAAAACGAACAGCCUCCUAGAUGCCUUUUUGUUUCUCUCCUAAACCUCCAACAGACUCUCCUGGACUCUAUUUAAAAUAAAGAACCCAGGGCAAGCCCAUACAUUAUCCUUAUGCUUAUCCUCUUCUUCCUUAGAGAGGCAUUCUUCAUAACAAAUAAUACUGAAUUGCUGUAUUUUUACAGCAGCUUACCCUAUGAUAAUUAUUAAAACUUAACACUAACUGAACAAUGCAGUUCACUAAACUGCCUUUUUGUUUAGACAUCUUAGGAAUGAUUAAGGCAACAUUUGAUUAUAGUGGACAUUGUUACAAAGAUACUCGGAAUCUAUUUUUAAUGUACCAAUCUUGUUUGUUUAUAGCAAAAUUCUUUUCCAGUAUUUUAAUAAAGUAGAGUUAUUUUAUAGGGGAUACUUGAAACCAGUAUUUAAGCUUUAAGUGACAAUAAUAUUGGCAUAGAAAAAAAAAGUAGCAAAUGUUUACUGUAUCAAUUUCUAAUGUUUUACUAUAUAGGAUUUCCUGUAAUAUAUUUAUAUACUUUUUCAUGAAAAUGAUGUUAUCUGAUAUCUGUUUGUAACUGAUGCAUCAUCUCACUUUGUAAAUAAAAAUACACCUUAUAACAAGAA